UGGAAACCGAGGCCAGAAACCGUUUAAUCCUGUGCAGGUCAUGGCGGUUGCUAAGUAGCCUGUGCACCCUUUUGUUUUGAAAUGGAAAUAUAUGUAUAAGGCUCGUGGUUUUUGAUUUAAUGAUAUGCUUAUUCGGUUUAUGGGUUAAGAAAUAGUACCACAGAAGUUCGUUCUGCUAAAAUAUGACGAAAUGAAGAAGUGAAUGCAGCACAAAUAAGCGAUAAACUAAAUUACAAUAACUGACGGAAGGGAUUGCACACUGUUCCUGUAGUGGCUGCAGAUGGCAGUAGCUACGGGACACGGAGACGAUUCUUCAAAUAAAGAACCGUUUAAGCACGCGCUCCGGAUCUGACCGGAGCAGGCCGGGUCCGGGGUCAGGGCGGCGGCGCCUACACCAAACAACGGCACGGCUGCCCGGAAGAGAUGGAGGAAGAGGAAAAUGCUUCAGGGUCCGUCCGCUGGAAAGCUCAACGUCAGUGUCCGAACUCGGCCUCCAGUUCGGGACCGUCAGUGUGAUUCAGCGGCCGGAGCGAAGGUGAAACCCAGGCUUGGCCUGGCCCGGCCCCUGGUCGCUGUACCCCGUGAGUUCGGUGCGGCCACUCGACCGACCUUGAUGAGGGUGUAGCUGGCUGGCCGGCAUUCCUUGCCUAUCCCUAGUUGCCCUGGAGAAGGUGGUUGUGAGCUUCCUUCUUGAACUGCUGUAGUCAUCCUGCUGUGGGUUGACCCACAAUGCUAUUUGGGAGGGAAUUCCAGGAUUUUGACCCAGCGACGGUGAGGGAACGGCAAUAUAUUUCCAAAUCAUCAGGACGAAACACAGCCUGUUACAUAUCCAAACAUGCAAAACUUCAGAAUUGACAACAUAUACAAGCAACAAGUUCAUGGGUUUGAAUGAUCAUUCUGUGCAUGAGAACAGUAUUGUUCUGGGACUUCUACAUCUCAAUGUGGAAAGCACUGACAAACCGCUACAUGUGGCAACAUCUUGGUCAAUGGUGGAAAAUAUAGCAAUGGAUAAAGGGUACUCUACUAAAGAGAAUGCUGUGGAGUGGAUGAUGCAAAACUCGGAAAACUUGGAUUCAGACAGUGAAUUGGAGCAAUUGGGGAUUGCCAUGUUAGAGGCUGGCCCCUUAAAUAAAGCUCACCAACAGCUUUGUAGAUCCCCAGGCUUAGACUCAAAUCUACUAAAAUGCAAUGCGAUUCUACAGGAUUUCAAACUAGAUGGUGAAACGAAACCAAAACAAGAUUUAAGAUCAACUGAUAAUGAUAAAGACUACAAAACCAAAAUGGAGUUUGCACUGAAACUUGGAUAUUCAGAAGAGCAGGUACAGCUUGUCCUGAAUAAAUUAGGAACAGAUGCUCUUCCUAAUGAUAUCCUAGGUGAACUUGUUAAACUGGGGAAUAAACUCGAUUCUGAUACUUCCUGUGGCACAAGUAAUCCUGCAAUUUUGACUCCACGUGACACAAUUUCAACAGAUUCUCAAAGAUCUGACUCUCCUGUGGAAGAAUUGGUGGAUGAUGGUGAUAAUCUAAAGCCUGUGGUCAUUGAUGGUAGUAAUGUGGCAAUGAGUCAUGGUAACAAGGAAGUGUUUUCCUGUCGAGGCAUAAAGUUAGCAGUGGACUGGUUUUUGGAAAGGAGCCACAAGGAUAUCACUGUGUUUGUGCCUGCCUGGAGGAAGGAACAGUCAAGGCCUGAUGCCCUCAUCACGGAUCAAGAAAUCCUGCGCAAGUUGGAAAAGGAUAAAAUUCUAGUCUUCACACCAUCCCGGCGGGUACAAGGGCGAAGAGUGGUUUGCUAUGAUGAUCGCUUCAUAGUGAAAUUGGCUUAUGAAUCCGAUGGCAUCAUUGUGUCAAAUGAUAACUACAGGGAUUUGCAAAAUGAAAAGCCAGAAUGGAAAAAAUUCAUAGAUGAAAGAUUGCUUAUGUAUUCUUUUGUUAAUGACAAAUUCAUGCCACCGGAUGAUCCUUUGGGUCGCCACGGCCCCAGCUUGGAUAACUUUCUGAGGAAGCGGCCGGUUGUACCAGAACAUAAGAAGCAGCCAUGUCCAUAUGGAAAAAAGUGCACUUAUGGCCACAAAUGUAAAUACUACCACCCAGAACGAGGUACACAGCCUCAACGUUCUGUGGCUGAUGAACUUCGUGCUAGUGCAAAGAACUCAAUAAUGAAAACCACUAAUGAAGGAGGUUUGGUGAAGAGCAACAGUGUUCCAACUAGUACCAAGACUGAGGGUCUGUUUGAUGGCAAAUGUACAGCUCCCAAAAGACAGUCUGACCCAAGUAUACAAAUUCCUCUUUAUAAUGAGGUUGAAGAAAAACUCAGCAAUAAAACCAGAUUGGAAACCAGGUCUGUGCCUUCUCUUGUUAGUGCAUCAAAUCCAUCAGGCACAAAGGUCCAAGGUUGUGCAGUACUAGGUUCUGGAAUGCACCUUUUGACACAAGAUCCAGGGGUGCCAGCACAGUACUCAACAAUUCUGGUGAACAAUAGCCAUGGAACACACACUUGCUAUAAUCAGCAUCCAAAAUGUGACUCUCCUGUUGAUGGAGGAUAUUAUUCUAUGAUGAAUCCAUAUCAUAAUCUUGGUGUAUCUGGUACACACAGCCCUGAUCAAUUUUCUGUAGAUAAAGAAUACAGACUAAACCAUGUAGGUUCUGAUUGUAGUAGUGAAGGUAGUGUCAGCUGUGGUAGCAGCGACUCGUACGUUGGUUAUAAUGAACGAGCCUACCCAAGUUCUCCAGUUACAGUGCUCGAAGAAAAUCUGAAAUGUCACCAGUAUCAUACUCGACAUCAGCCCUUUCUUCAUAGUUAUCAUGAUCCUGUAACAAGAGUACAAAGUUAUGGACAUGAAGAGCAAAAACCACUGCACAAAACUUCAACUUCAUGUAGGGCACCACAUUUCCAGCACCCAGUAAUUGGAGCCUGCUCAAGUUGUCCAAGUGAGUACUGUCCUGUACCCCUCAGCGGCCAGCAUCCACAAAACAUGCACGUGGGAAGAGCUCUCGGAACUACAAGAAUUGAAAGUUUUUCAGAUUCACGUUUGUAUGAAAACGUGCCAGUGAGACAAAGAAAACCUUACACGGGUCAGGAAACAUUUGCCAGCUGGAACAGGCUUAGCUAUGGUUUGGAUUCUUACGGUUAUGCACAAGGAUAUUCAUUACCAAACAAUCCAACUCAGCCAUGUUAUGAUCAGUUCACAUUCCAAAGCUUACCUGAAAAAAGGGAGCAAACCUGGAGGAUGCCGUGGAGUGGCUUACCUCCUGAACCUUCAAAUCCAGAAAGAUUACAGGAUGGCCGUGAUAAAAUCUUUAUAAAUCUGUGCAACAUAUUUCCAGCUGACCUUGUGCGGGUGGUGAUGAAAAGAAAUCCUCACAUGAUUGAUGCCCAGCAACUUGCUGCAGCUAUUCUAGCAGAAAAGUCCAAACUGGGUUAUUGAAUUGAAAUGCAUCAUUUUGAUGUUUUUAUUUCUCAGCACAGAGCUGAGUUUGCUCACAUUUGAGAGAUUCUUCAAACAAGGAGAUGAAGGAGUGUAAGCAGUACCCUCUACAAAGGGGAUUCUUCAUUUGUUUUUAUCAACUCUUAGAAUUAUUGUUAUUUAAAGCUGUAGUUUGCGAUAGGAAAGAAAAUGUAUAUGCUAAAGCACCUUUUUAAAAAAUUUAAAUACUGACAAUUUGAUCUAUUGUCUCCAUAAUAUAUUGCAACUUCAACAUGAAGAUAUAAGUAGGCAAUCUGAUGUUUUACCCUAAAAUACAUUUACUGGAUUUUGGCACUUUUUUCCUUUUUAGCAUUUUGAGAAUGUAUUGGUGGUAAAGAUUUGUAUUUACAGAUUUCAGCCUUAUCACUAAUUGAAUAGUAAGAUCUAAAAUGUUUGCCAACCUUUAGUGGUCAUUACUAGUUGGGCAAGAGUAACAGUUAUUAUUUGAUAUUAAUAGGUACUAAGUUUUGUGGUUGCAGUAAGAAAGCAGCCACCUAAAUUAGUUUUGAGCAUUUUAAGAUGUAUGUUAUACUGAUUUUUUUUUUUUGAUCGACUGAGGCUGUUACGUUAUGAGGGGGCCGGAUUUGUCUUGCCACAAUUUUUUUUUAAAAAGUAGAAACAAACAGAUUGUUUUAGUUUAAGUUAAUGUUGUUUCUGGUAUCUUAAUGGACUUUGCUAGCUGUAAUGUCGUAUUCAUCCCAGGAGUAGUGUUUUUGGCUGUCUAUUCUGUUUGGCUGUUGGGUGCAUUUCAGCUUUAAGCAAAGUCCUGAAUGGCCAGGAAUGACCUUUCAUUGUUGAUACAAAUUGUAUCUUUUUAAUACAAAAUUACAGUACAGUUUUAAAUAUAUUUAGUAUUACUGUAAAUACACAAAUGUGUGUACAUGUAAUUAGGGACCAUUUGGACAGCAUUUUACCAGAUCUUUGAAAUUGUGCAUCACUUUGUCAAAUUUUUGCAUAAUUAGUUUUCAUUGGUUGGAAAGCAUCCAAGUUAAAAGAAAGUAAUUGUGCAAGUAGAAAUGGAAACCCAAUUGGUUUUAAAAGAAAAAGUACCUUGAGUGUAAUGUGCAAUUGCAAAAGUAAUUUUAUUUCUCACUGUGUUUCAGCGUCAUCCUGCUUUUUGUGUUUUAGCACAGACCGACCAGUCACUAGUUAAAUUUGUAAUGUCUCUUGUCUUCGUGGCCAGGCUGCAAAGUGGGAUGUCAUCCUGUGCGAGGACAGUUGAAUUUUUAAAUGUAAUUGUAGCUACUAUAAUGUUAUCAUCCGAAACAAGCAGAUUACCAGUUAGCUAAAAGGUUCUAAAAUGGAUAAUAACUAAAUCAAUUGUAGUUUCAACUGAAGGUGAUAGGAUGAGCAUCAAUUUAAAGCAAAAAUACUGAAAGGAAAUAAAAUGUAAAGUUACGGUCUAAUCAGAUUUCCUCUGUGAUAUUUAUGCUUCUUUAAUGAUAUGUUCAUACAUUUGAGACUGAAAUAUAAGGAGUAGGAGCAUAGCAUUCCUCCCCCAUGAACCUGUUGGACCAUUCACUAAAAUCAUGGCUAAUCUUCUCUUUCAUUUCCAUCUUGUUGCAUUUGUUCUCGUGUCUAUUAAUUCACUUAAUCAAAAAUUAAUAUCUCCAUUUUAAAUGUACUUCAUGACGACGACAUUUCUCUGUUCUUUGUGUAGACGAUUCAAAGAAUCGCACUUUGCAUUAAGAAAUUUCUCCUCAUCUCAGUUCUAAAUGAUCAACCCUUUACUUUCCCCUGGCCACAGAGUCAAAAUAUUCACCCAGCAUCUAUCCAUUCAAAUCUCUUGAAUUUUAAAUAUUUUGGUGAUAACUUUCAUUAACCUGGGAAUAAGAGGCCUCGACCACAUAAUCUUUCCCCAUAGGAAAAUAUUCUCAUCCCAGGAAUUGUUUCAUUGAAUCUUUGUACUUCCAAGGCCACGAGACCAAAAUCCCAGUACUCUGGGUAUGAUCUCACCUAGGUCCUCUACCAAAGUAGUUAGACUUCAUUUCUAUCUUCCGAGAAAGGAUAAACUGACAUUUGAAUAAACUUGCUAUAAUUUGUGUAUAAGGAUAUCGAGGUCCCUCUAAAUGCUAACAUUUCCCUAUUAUAUGACAAGCAAAUGUAUGCAUGUAUUGAUCCUCUGAAAUGAAAACAGAAAAUGCUGGAAAUAUAUUUAGGCCAUAACUGUGGAGAGAGAACCCAUUAAUAUUUUUAACCCUGUUGCUCUUUCUGUGGAUGCUGCCUGAUUAGUUGACUUCUCUCUUUGUUUCUCAUUUUGUUGUUGAUAACAUAUGCCCCACGGUUUAGAUUUGCCAUGUUCUUGCCCACCUCCGCCAUCUUUGCAGCCUGUGUCUAUCUCACGAUGACAGAUGCUGAUGUUCUUAAAAUCAUUACAGUCGGUGUUGUCAAAGUUGGAAACUGUACAUUGUACUCAGCACUUUUACUUGCUGAAAGCUGUACAAACUACAGACUUUUCAAUGCAUUUUUUUAAAAAAAUGUAUCAACUGUCCAAUAGUGAUAUAAGAAUUGAUCAGUACUAGACAAUGAUCAUUUUUUUAAUGCCUCCUGAGCUGAAAUGUGUAGAUUCCACGCAGCAUACCAUUUUGCAGCCUGCUUAGAAAGCUGAUUGGAACCUGCAUAUUUGAUUGGGUAUUUCCAUCUAUUGUGUAUACAUACACAAAACUAAAUCAAGCAGGGGAAAAGAAUUGAAAAUUUCAGGGAACUUGGUAAAAUGGUUCCAAAACCAUGUCCAAACACACCUAAUAAAAUAACCUUUUACACUACUUGUGUGACACUAUGUGUCACACUAAGUAGACUUCGGGUAUGAAUGCUUUUUUAACAGGGCAUUGUGCUUAUAGCCAUAACUGAUACUCUGAACCAUGUUCAGCACAUUAUCCAUAACAAAUUGUUGUAUACAAUAAUAAUUGUUAGUGUUUCCUUGCUCAGCUUCAAUGCUGUUGAUUUUUGAAUUGCACACAUUCUACAGUACCAUUUUAUACAACUUCAUUUGUAUUGGUACUAUAAAAUAUGUCUCUUGCAAAGUUAUUGGUAGUUUUCAUAAAUUUGGGUCAAGAUUAAAAAAUUUGAAAUUAUAUUUGUUAAUAAUUACCACCUCUUUCCUGCAUUCAGGUGCCAUAUCUUUUGGUGCCAAAUGGUUAAUUUCUCAAAUUGUUUUCAAAUGUAAUAGUUUAUUGAUUAUAUCAUUUUGUAUUCUACAAUUUCAAGGUAUAUUCAUCCAACAUUUUGAAACUUAGACUGAUUUGUUUUUAAAUAUACAUUUGAAAAAUGUUCUAAUGUCAUAUAUCUGCUUGCUAAAAUUGAGCAUGUUGUGGUUGUGAAGAGCUUCAGUGUUAUGCCGAUAAUAUGCACAAUCAUUAUAGUCCAGCUUUAACUCUGAGCUGCUUGUGGUAAAUUAAUUUUGAUGUUUGUGUGAAUAUCUAGCCACACAAAUUAAAAUACUUUUCCAAUUACCUCUGUAUAUUUUAAUGUUAAGCAAAACUGAGGUUUGUUAUGCCAUUGAAUUUUUAAUCUUCAGUCAGUGAUUUUUCUUGCUUUUCAAUAUAUAAUUCAUAAUUACAUUUGUUGGGUUUCACAAAUUGUAAGAAAUUUCCUGACCUAGUUUAACAUCGUGCUUGUUUUAUUCCUUGUAAGCAGAAAUAGGAAAUCAGAAUGAAACCUGAAAAGAUGUUUGGUUGAAAUUCGUGUGACAAUUUCUUGUACCUGUAUUUACCAAAAGUAACAUCUUAUUCACUUUGUUACUGUAGUGUCCCACUGUGUAUACAAUAAGGGGAUGGUGAGAAUAUUAAAAUUCCUGAUACAAAUAUUUUCCAUGGCACUUGCACUGGUGAUAUCUUAUAAACGUAUUUAUAACUUCCAAAAAAAGUAUGCAUUUUAAAUGGCAUGGUAGAUUAUUGCACAACAUAUAUAAAAAGGUUAGAGUAAAAUAGUCAUAAAUAGCUGUAAGCUACUCUGCAUAACUUUAUAGUAAAUUUGUAGUUGUAACUUUAUGAAGAAGUUAUAUUGAAGAGGUGAUCUAAUUUAUGCAAUAAUUAGUCUGACUGUAAUCUCUUAUCUGAAUUGUUUACUGGUAAAUUAUUGUGGUUUUCUGUGUAAUCUUUACUAAAUAUAUUCCUUUGCUCAUCUGUUGUUCAAAUGUCUGCUUUAAAAUUCAUCAUUGGACUUAAUUGUGUAGGAUUGGGCUAAAAGUACAAAUUGUCACUGUGGGCACUGUCAAAAGUUUGCAUUGAACUCCAAUUUGCUAAUGAGUUAGUGCAGUAUUCUAAUCUAGUUUUGUUUGUAUUAUAUUACAUCAGCUUUAAAUAUCUGAAAAGUUGUAUAUACAGCAUGUUAACUUGACAGACAGACUGAAGAGUCUGUAUUUCACAUUAGAAAAUGAUAGGCAAAUUUCUGGAAUAAAAAAAGUUUAGUGCCUGAGAUUGUGAAAUUUUUCAGAUCUUGCAUGUGUUCUCAAGCAGGUUGUGCUGCUAAUUUGCCUUUUCCUUUCAUACUACUUUAGAGCAAUGUUAAUUGUCAUAUCAUUGUUCCAUUUUCUGCUACAUUUCUCCUUUUGGGUUUGGGUAUUUACCGAUAGAGGCAAUUUUAUGAUUUGAGCUGUGAAUUGGGCAUUAUGUCAGCAGGAAAAUUAUAUGGAUAAUUCUGCCUGAUUUGAAAUCAUUUUUCAACCAUUAUGGACAAAAAAAAUCCCCAUUUCUAGUGGGUGAGGCCAACAGCUGAAAUAUUGAGAAAUCUUUUGUAUUUAAUACUGACCAUGCUCCUUGGCUAUUAUGUCUCCAAUGAUCCAUACCAGACAAUGGAGAAUAUACUGACUGGGUAAAAGUACUACAUUUGCAGUUUUUGUUUUAUCCUCUUUGCUUACAAUUCACUAUUUCUUUUGCCUGAACUCCACUGCAGUUACUAAAAUUUGAGGCUGUUGUUUGCCUGACUGCAGGAAAUCAUCCAAAUUGGGCACAUCUCAGUUUUUACCCAUAAUUAUUUACUAUAAUACUGGUGCCUAGUUCCAGAUUGAAUC